CGCAAAUCAGCAGGGUUGUGGGAAGUAGCCAGACCUGUCAGCACGACUGGAAGAUCGCGUUGUGGAUUCUGCAUUGUAUAGUAUUAAGGUUGAGUGAGAGAGAGAGAGAGAGAGAGAGAGAAAGGUUUACGAAGGAAAUCGUUAAGACGCGGUACCCUACAGGCGAGGGAUGACAUCAUAAACAAGUAGUCGCAUAUUUUCACGUAAGCUUAGACGUCGACGUUCACCUCGCCUUAAAAGCUAGAAGAAUACGUAAAAUGGGUCAGCUCUUUGGAAUUUUGCAGGAACCAAAGAAUACGUGGUCGCUUCCUCCCGAACUUUGGCAGCAUUGCUGGAGUUUCCUGGAGGUUGAUGAUCUCCUUGCUGUGUCAUCUACUUGUCGGUCGUUUCGUUUUAUCUGCAAAGACCUGUUGUUCAAACACAUCACCACUACAAUCCCAUACAAGCGCACCAUCCGGCACAUAUUCCAGCCUCGACAUAAAGAUGUUGCACGAAUCGCACGAGCACGCCGACUUCUUCUUCGUCUUCACGCCCUUCAAAGUGACAGUGACGCUCGGGAGGUACUCGGGCUAGUAGAGACGUGGAGCAUCAGGACCUUUGGAUCGCCUGCUCCGUUAGAAGAAACAGAGAUCAUGCAAUACGACAAAGCCAGCUUCCCCUUCGUACAACCAUCCUUCUCGAUUUUCCUCAUUUUGCCGUUAUGCCGAAACCUUCGUGUGCUGAGCAUUUCAGAUGUUCAGAUUGAGGAAGAGCGCUGGUCUGUGCUGGUAAAAAUCCCUCAGCUGGAAUACCUCAACAUGGAACGAUGCGAUCUAUCAUCCACCGACAAGGUUAUGAAGCUCAAAGUCGUAUCAAUUACUUAUGAGGCACAUCAAAGACUCACACUACUCGACCUCACCUUCUCAAACUCUUUCCUCCUUGGACUCGCUCGGGUGGGGCAGUUCGAGAACCUAAAGCAUCUUUCUGUGGUGGUUCCGGAAACUCACAUGGACACGCUGUUUGCCUUCUUGAGUGGAACACCUUCACUCACAUCGCUCACCAUUUCGAAUUUCUCAACCAUGGCUAAGCCUAGUAAGCCGGUGUUACAAUCUGUUGUCCUCAACCUCGUAGCCUAUGACGGUUUUCCGACUCUUAUCCCCAUUUUACUUCCUGGGCGGCCCGUCAAUGUUGUUUGUUUGAGGAUGAAUCACAGGACCGAUCCUCAAGCCAGUCUUGGGAAUCCGUUUGGCGUCUAUGACAACAAUGUUGUCUGCAAAGCAUUGAAUGAUUGUUCUGCGUCCACUCGCGUAGACAUCGUGCGCAUCCACCCAAAUCUUCGCCAUCUGCGGCUUGAUAUCCUCCGCACGCCAAAUAUUAAUAUGGGUGUUGACGAAGAAGAACCUAUGUCACUUAUCAUGGACAUGCUUGCUGAUACCAUGGAAGCGCGAGAUAGCGAUAACUUCUCACACCAUCCACUGUUCUUGAUAUCGGGUUUCUUAAAUUGGAUUGCUAACGGUCAUCUCCUACUUCCGGCAAACCUCGAGACGCUGCAUCUUCAUUAUUACCAAAAAUCGGUGACGGUCUGCGGUGAUGCCGCAAAGCAACGACUCCUCGUGCCAAAGAUCUCCGCAGCUUAUCCUGCGCUGCAUGAAAUUGAGAUGGGCACCACGCGCUGGUGGAGAGAGGGCAAUCGUUGGUCCCAUGAGGUGCUCGCACGCACUCAGCUGUGAGGUGUAGGGUUAUAGGCCGUCUUUAGUUGUGAACCACGUGGCUUUGUUACUUGUAAUAGGCUUUUGCCUGUGUAGGUCGUGUACAUCCCAACAGAAGCACCGACAAAGAAGCAUGGUUAUAGUUGGAUAUUAAGUCGCUCUUCUUUGGGU